GUCCGGGCACUUGCGGGGGCAGAAGCCCCGUGGGCCUCGGGGUUCUGGUGAGCGGGACAAGUGUCCCGGCACUUGGCGGGCAGAAGCGCCGCGGGCCUCGGGCGGGCCGGGGAAGGGGCGCCCGGGGUGCGCUUUCCAGACGGUUCCGUCAGAGGACGGCGCUGCCGGGAGGCGGGCGGGCGCUGCCGGGUGUGCAGAAGCCGGUUCCAGAUGUCCCAGGACGGAGCCUCAGGUCCAAGCUUAUAAUUAGAGAGUUUUGGGAAGGAGAAUCUAUAGAGCCAAGCCACAACAGUUCUCUGCUUAGUCCACUCCAUUAUCUUUUCUCCCAACUAUGCUGCGACAGUGUGCUAUGGGUUUACAAGAGCAACAAAAGAUGAAUAAAUCUCUGGACUUGGUAUCAUUUGAGGAUGUGGCUGUGGACUUCACCUGGGAGGAGUGGCAGGACCUGAAUGAUGCUCAGAGAGCUUUGUACAGGGAUGUGAUGCUGGAGACUUAUAGCAACCUGGUGUCACUGAAUGUCCAGAUAGAUGAUGACCUCAUGGAGAGGAACCAAGAAAGUCAUGAUAGAUGCUUGCAGCAAAUUGUAAUCACCAACAGCAACACAUCAGCUGAGGUGAAAGUUGUGUUAGGAAAAUCAUUUCAUAUGAAUUCAUAUCAUGUUUUAAAUCAGAUUAUACAUAAUGGAAAGUAUUCAGGAAAGGGAAAUGAGUUUUACAUAUGUCAGAAUACACUUCUUCCUAGUGAGGCUGAUGAGAUGCCUGCUGGAAAGAAAUCUAAUGAUGAUCAUAUAACUGGAAAAUUGCCCAGACAUCAUGAGUAUCUUAGUCAGCAUCCCAAUAUUCAAACUGGGAAGCUGAUUUUAGAAUACAGUGGAAAAGGGAAAUCCUCGAAGACAGAGCCAAUAAUUACACAUAAAAAUAUUCAUGUGGAUGAGACCACCUAUAAGUAUAAUGAAUAUGGGAAAGGUGAGUCAGCUGUCAUUGUCCAAGAAGUAAAUCAGGUAGAAAGGAAAACCCUUCAAUGUGGUAUAUGUGGGAAAAUGUUCUGUGAAAAGUCUGAACUGACUAAACAUCAGAUUAUGCACACAGGAGAGAAACACUAUAAAUAUACUGAAUGUGAGGAAUCUUUUUUUAAGAAAUUGUCCCUUACCUCUCAUCAGGGAACACCUAUACAGGAGAAUCUUUAUGGUUGUAAUGAACAGGAGAAAAAUUUUUGUCAGAAGUCAGACCUUACAAUGCAUCAGGGAACUCACACAGGAGAACUGUACUAUGGAAGUAUUAACUGUGGAAAAAGCUUCUGUGAGCAUUUACUCCUCAGCCAUCCUGAGAGAAUUCACCCAGGUGAGAAACCAUAUGAAUGUCGAGAAUGUACAAAAUUUUUCUACCAUGUGUCAGCCCUCCCUGUAUAUCAGAGAGUUCACACAAGUGAGAAACCAUGUAAAGAAUAUAAAAAAACAUUUUAUAGUAAUAAAUGUGGUAAAACCUUUCUCCAGAAGUCACGCUGCAGCAGUCAUCAGAGAAUUCAUACCGGUGAGAAACCAUGUGAAUGUAAGGAAUGUGGAAAAACUUUUAAUGAACAGUCAAGCCUCAGCAUUCAUCCCACAACUCACACAGGUGAGAAACCACAUGAAUGCAGAGAAUGUGGAAAAGCUUUUAGCCGAAAGUUUUCCUUAAGUGUUCAUCAGAGAACUCACACAGGUGAGAAACCAUAUGAAUGUAAAGACUGUGGUAAAGCUUUUAGCCACAAGUCAAGCAUCAGGAAGCAUGAGAGAAUUCACACAGGUGAGAAACCAUAUGAAUGUCGAGAAUGUGGAAGAGCUUUUAGCCGAAAAUCAAGCCUCAGCAAUCAUCAGAGAAACCACACAGGUGAGAAACCAUAUGAAUGUAGAGAAUGUGGAAAGUCUUUUAGCCUAAAAGCAAGCUUCAGCACUCAUCAGAGAACUCACACAGGUGAGAAACCAUACGAGUGCAAAGAAUGUGGAAAAGCUUUUAGCCACAAGUCAAGCAUCAUGAAGCAUGAGAGAAUUCACACAGGUGAGAAACCGUAUGAAUGUGAAGAAUGUGGAAAGGCUUUUAGCAUGAAGUCAUACUUGAGCAUUCAUCAGAGAACUCACACGGGUGAGAAACCAUAUGAAUGUAAAGACUGUGGGAAACCUUUUGCCUAUAAGUCAGACAUCAGGCAGCAUGAGAGAAUUCACACAGGUGAGAAACCAUAUGAAUGUAAAGACUGUGGAAAAGCUUUUACCCACAAGUUAUCCUUCAGCCUUCAUCAGAGAAUUCACACAGGUGAGAAACCAUAUGAAUGUAGAGAAUGUGGAAAAACUUUUAUCCAAAAGUCAUGCCUCAGUGUUCAUCAGAGAAUACACACAGGUGAGAAACCAUAUGAAUGCAAAGAAUGUGGGAACGCUUUUAACCAGAAGUCACACCUCAUUAGGCAUCAGAAAAUUCACACAAGUGAAAUACCAGAUGGAUGUAAUGAAUGUACAAAAUUUUUCUAACAUGAGUCACCUCUUACUGUAUAUCAGAGAGUUCACACAAAUGAGAAACCAUGUAAAGAAUAUAUAAAAAGAAAAACAUUUUACAGUAAUGUUGUAAAACCUUCCCCUAAAGUCACACUGCCACAGUCACCAGAGAAUUCACACAGGUGAGAAACCAUGUGAAUUUAAGGAAUGUGAAAAAACUUAACCAAAAGUCAAGCCUCACCAUUCAGCAAAGAAGUCACACAGGUGAGAAACCAUAUGAAUGUAUAGACUGCGGGAAAGCUUUUACCCACAAUGCAGGCAUCAGGAAUCAUGAGAGAAUUCACACAGGUGAGAGACCAUAUGAAUGUAGAGAAUGUGGAAAAUCUUUAAGCCAAAAGUCAAACCUCAGCAUUUAUCAGAGAACUCACACAGCUGAGAAUCCAUAUGAAUGCAAAGAAUAUGAAAACCUUUAAGCCAGAAGACAGGCCUCAGCAGGCAUUAGGUAAUUCAUACAUGUGAGAAACCGUAUGAAUGUAAAGACUAUGGGAAACCUUUUGCCCACAAGUCAGACAUCAGGCAGCAUGAGAGAAUUCACACAGUUGAGAAACCAUAUGAAUGUAAAGACUGGAAGAGCUUUUACCUACGUGUCAGACAUCAGGAAGCAGGAGGGAAUUCACACAGGUGAGAAACCAUACAAAUUCAAAGAAUGUGGAAAAGCUAUUAACCAAAAGUCACACCUCAGCAGCCAUCAGAGAAUUCACAUAGGUGGGAAACCAUGUGAAUGUAAGGAAUGUGGGAAGACAGUUUACUGGAACCCACGACAAUAGACAUGAACAAAUGCACACGUGGAAAAAUCCCAGUUAAUGUAAUGACUGGGAGAAGGUUUUGCCAUAAAUCACAUCAUGUUUCAUCAGAGAAUUCACACCAAAAAGAAGCCCUAUAAAUGCACAACUGUCCCUUGGUAUUGGAGGGUAGUUCCAGGAGUCUGUUGAUGAAGGCACUUGCAAAUGAUGACACCCCUUCUAUAAAUGGUAUACUGUUUCAAUAUCACCUAAGAACUUUUUCCCAUGUCCUUUGCA